AACGACAUCUACAACCAAUUUCGGAACACACUUUAGAUUGUUUUAUGAAGGCGACAAUCGAAGACUACGAAAGCAAAUCUGAAAAGAGAGUUUUGUCAGAUAAUUAAAAAAAAGAAAUUGUCAUUCUUAAAGAAAAUAAUUAUAAUAUAUUAAAAAAUAUGUCUUUGGCAAAGAUUGAGUUUGCAGUCAACAUGACUUGUCAAAAAUGUGUUAAUACUGUUCGAGAGAGUUUAUUAGAUUUGAACGGUAUUGAGAAUUUAGAUGUCUCGUUAGAACGUGGUACAGUUGUUGUUGAAACUAAUCUUCCAUUUACUUUGAUACAAGAAAAGAUAGAGAAAUCUGGAAAGAAAGCUGUUCUUAAAGGAUAUGGAGAAAACAAUUAUAGUGCAGUUUCGAUGUUAGGAGGUAACUCAGGAUAUAGUGUAAGUAAUAAUAUAAAAGGUGUUAUAAGAUUUGUGCAAACUGUAGAAGGAUGUAUAGUAGAUGGAACAGUUGAUGGACUUGAACCUGGACAACAUGGAAUACAUAUACAUGAAUGUGGAGAUAUCUCUAAAGGAUGUGAAAGUGUAGGAGAGCAUUUUAACCCAUAUAAUAGCAUACAUGGCGGACCUGAAGAUGAUAUAUCUAAAAAGCACAUUGGUGAUCUUGGGAAUAUAGAGGCAGACAAUAAUGGAAGAGCUUUAUUUAGGAAAAUCAAUCAACUCCUGACAGUGUCAGAUAUUAUUGGAAGAUCGCUUGUUAUUACUGAUAAACCAGACGAUCUUGGCAAAGGCAAUGAUCAACAAUCACAAAUAGAUGGAAAUAGUGGAAAAAGAUUGGCAUGUGGAAUUAUUGCUCGUUCAUCUAGUUUGUUUCAAAAUACAAAACAGAUAUGUGCAUGUGAUGGUCUUACUAUCUGGGAUGAAAGAGAAGGCACACGUUCAAAUCAAAAAGAAUUAACAAAAUACACAGAAACAAGUAAUAAAAUAUGUAUACAAGUCUCUAAAUACAUCUGUGGAUCAUUCCAAUUGUUGAAAAUGAUUAUACAUUCCAUUCGAUAUAAUGAUAUUGCAAAGUUUUACAUGUAAAUACGUUUUUAAAAAUAUGCAUUUCUUCAUUUUUUGCAAUAAAGGAAAAUUAGCAAUA